AUGGGCGGCGUUCCGUCCAAACCAGGCGAUGCCGCGACACAGCUGCAGGUCAUUGGCGCCGGAUACUCGAGGACGGGAACGACGUCGAUGCAACUCGCGCUGGAGAAAGUCCUGCAAGGACCUGUAAUGCACGGAGGCACUCAUAUUCUAUGGAGAGAAGACGCGUUCGCCAAGAAUUGGGUCCGCGCAUACGAGGCAAGGGAGGCCGGCGACAAGGAGAAAACAAUGAAGCUCCUGCGAGAAUUGACGACGGGCUUCGUCGGCGUGACCGACACGCCCAACUUCGACUUCAUCCCCGAGCUGGUUGAGUUGUACCCAGAGGCGAAGGUGGUGCUCGUCACGCGGGACCCGGCUAGAUGGUGGACGAGCAUCGGUGGCAAUCUAAAGUACGCAUUUCCGUGGUACCUCCCGAUCCUCACGGCUCCGAUGCCUGGGCUGCGGUGGUUCCCAAGCAUUGCUGCGCACUGGCAGAGGAUCGCUUUGAGGGAGAUGGGGAAAGCCCGCGGACCAGGCACUCCCCUGAGUCCAGAUCUCAUUGAAGUCCACAAUGAAAUGGUUAAGCGAGUCGUCCCGCCCGAGCGACUUUUGAUUAUGAACCUUAACGAGGGAUGGCAGCCGUUAUGCAAGUUCUUGGACAAGCCGGUUCCGAUAGAGCCUUUUCCACGACUGAACGACGCUGAGGAAGCUGAGAAGGUUGCCAAGGGCAUUUUUGCCAGGUGCAUAUUGGUAUGGCUGGGGAUCAUUGGCGCGACAGUAGUUGGCACUCGCACGGCAGCGCGAUUCUUGAAGUCACAGGAUCUGGGCUUAUGA